UUUAUUUGUUUAUAAACAACAACAAGAAACACCUUUAUUUUGAUACAUUUUCAAAUUUCCAACUAUUGCUACAAUUAUAUAAGUUCUAAUGGAGAAAGUACCACCAAAACGUAAAAUAAAAAAUUCAACUAAAGAAGAGCUAAUUAGCUUAGAAAAAGAGGAACUAAUCGACAGAAUUUUACAACUUGAAGCCCACAAUGUUCAAUUAAAGAAUAUUAUCAGUAAAAAUUUAUCGGAAGCUGGUGAUAACCAAAAAAAUGAUGGACAUAAAAAAUUUGAUUUCUCCAAAUGUCACUACCGUAAAGUACUUCUUCGCUUUCUCUAUUUCGGAUGGGAUUACCAAGGGCUUGCGGUGCAGGAAGACUCCAUACAAACAAUAGAACAUCACUUGUUCAAUGCAUUGAUUAAAUCUUGUCUGAUUGAGGAUCGACCAAGUUCGGACUAUCACAGGUGUGGCCGCACAGACAAAGGAGUCAGUGCUUUUGGCCAGGUUAUUUCUAUCAAAGUAAGAAGCAAGCAUCCACCGCCACAGCAAAAUGAACCUAAUAGUCUCGCGACAGAGAUGCCAUAUUGCAAAAUAUUAAAUCGUCUCCUACCGAAAGAUAUUAGGGCAGUGUCUUGGAUGCCGAUACCUGAUGAUAAACAAGAUUUCAGUGCCAGAUUCGAUUGUAAAAAGCGUCAAUAUAAGUAUUAUUUUCCAAAAUCGUCGCUGAACAUUGCCGCCAUGCGCGAGGCGUGUUCGCUUCUGAUUGGCUCGCACGACUUCCGCCAUCUUUGCAAAAUGGACGUCGGCAAUGGCGUCACAGAGUUUCGACGGAAAAUUAUUAGCGCUGAUAUUAUUCCAAUCGAUGAUAGUGCUGAAGUUAGGUCAAUGCACGCGCUGGUUAUCGAAGGCAACGCGUUCCUCUGGCACCAGAUACGAUGCAUCAUGGGCGUGCUGCUCCUCAUUGGUGAGGGGAAGGAGCAUCCUAGAGUCAUCAGCGAGCUGCUAGAUGUUGAGACGCAUACAAGUAAACCGCAGUAUAAUAUGGCGUUGCAUAUACCAUUGAACCUCUUCAAAUGCACAUACAAUGUGGAUGACAGCUGUUGGGUCUACGACAAUAAUGAACUAAGGUCUGUUAUUGGAAAUCUACAAAACGAAUGGACUAUUUAUAGUGUGAAAUCCACAAUGAUUAAAGACUGUAUAAAGGAAUUAGAAGAUAUUUACACAAAGCAAAUUGAGAAAAUAGAAAAUUCGGCUAGCGAUAUGAAAGAAAGCGAUAGAUGUAUUGGUGUGGGUGAGAGGGAAGAUAUGAACUGUGAUGUUGAGGAAAGAGAUGGCAGUACAGUACAGGCGUAUACGGAUUGCUUGUUACAAGGUGUGAAGCCAAGGGUUUAUACGCCGUUGCUGAAAAGGGAGAAAUGCUCGAGCUUAGAAGAGAAGAUUGAAUAUUAUAAGAAAAAGAGGAAAAUUGUUGAUGCUAAGAAUAAAUUAUAAUUUAAUAAAAAUAAUGUUGUUUGAA